AUGUUGGUUUUAUGUGAGUCAUGGAAAAUCUGUGUUUGUGUGUGCAUGUGUGUGUAUGUGUGUUCAUGUGUGUGUGUGUGUGUGUGUAUGUGUACGUUAACCCGCACUAAUCCGGUCGUCUUGGAUCUGUUUCCAAAUGAAAUUAAACUCUGGCGCGGUGAUGAUCAUUAUCCUGGACUGCUGGGUCAGACAGAUCAUUUCAGGGAGAUCAGAGCUCCUCUAGACUCAGACCAUCCGGGUCUGGAAGUCUGGAAGUCUGGAACAGUGAAAACCUCUGAAAGUAAAACUGAAACUGAGCUGAAAACAAUCCAACAGAAAACACGCCGAUGA